GCUUCUGCGAACCCCAGAGGAACAGAUCCUCGUUUUCCAAAGGACUGGUCUCUGCUAGCUGCAAGCUAGAACAAACUACCGAAGAAGAAACUGAGACGCGGCUGCCUUGCCGCUCCCCCCUUGCCGUUUUUAAACUCAGAGCUAGCAGGAGCCUAGGUAUCCCCUGGAGAGUGGAGAUUCUGAAAGUGAGCGCCGAUGUCUUCCGGGGUCCUGUCCUGCUCGGGACGCGGCGCUGCAAUAAUUGCCCCGCGGUUGUAAACCUGCAGGGACCAGGGGGUAAUCGCUUAACGCCAAGUCCGUGAGCUUUGCACUUUGCAGGGCAUCAGAGUGCAUGACAACUCUGGUGCACUUUUCCGGAGCAGAGACCAUGCCCGCCACGUCUCUUCCUAGCCAUUCCCAGAGCACCAGCGCGAAUCAGAGCAGUCUGUUUCCCGAGGUGUGGGAAAGGGAUUUCCUGCCUGCCCCCCACGGGUCCACCGCCGAGCUGGUGAUCCGCGGCGUGAUCCCGUCGCUCUACCUGUUCAUCAUCACGGUGGGUUUGCUCGGCAACGUCCUCCUGGUGAAGAUCUUCAUCAGCAACAGCGCCAUGAGGAGCGUCCCCAACAUCUUCAUCUCCAACCUGGCGGCCGGUGACUUGCUGCUGCUGCUCACCUGCGUCCCGGUGGACGCCUCGCGCUACUUCUUUGACGAGUGGAUGUUUGGCCAAGUGGGCUGCAGGCUGAUCCCGGCCUUCCAGCUCACCUCCGUGGGCGUCUCUGUGUUCACUCUCACUGCCCUCAGCGCGGACAGGUACAGAGCCAUUGUAAACCCUAUGGACAUGCAGACAUCAGGGGCGCUGCUGUGGACCUGUGUGAAAGUCGUGGGCAUCUGGGUGGUCUCUGUGUUGUUGGCAGUACCUGAAGCUGUGUUUUCGGAAGUGGUGCGCAUCAGUAGCUUGGAUAACAGCAGUUUCACAGCGUGUAUACCCUACCCUCAGACAGACGAAUUACAUCCAAAGAUUCAUUCAGUGCUCAUUUUCUUGGUCUAUUUUCUCAUACCACUUACUAUUAUUAGUGUUUAUUAUUAUCACAUUGCAAAGACCUUAAUUAAAAGCGCACAUAAUCUUCCUGGAGAAUACAAUGAACAUACCAAAAAGCAGAUGGAAACACGGAAACGCCUGGCUAAGAUUGUGCUGGUCUUUGUGGGAUGCUUUGCCUUCUGUUGGUUCCCAAAUCAUAUCCUCUACAUGUAUAGGUCUUUCAACUAUAAGGAGAUUGACCCAUCUCUAGGACACAUGAUUGUCACCUUGGUUGCCAGGGUUCUGAGUUUUUGCAAUUCUUGUGUCAAUCCAUUUGCUCUUUAUCUACUCAGUGAAAGCUUCAGGAAGCAUUUCAAUAGCCAGCUCUGUUGUGGGAGGAAGUCCUUUCCAGAAAGAUCAACCAGCUACCUACUCAGCUCUUCCGCAGUGCGAAUGACAUCCCUGAAAAGCAAUACUAAGAACAUGGUGACCAAUUCUGUCUUACCAAAUGGAAACAGCAUGAAGCAGGAAAUGGCGUUGUGAUUUUGGCCAUUCAACUCAACUAUCUGGAAAGAAUUUACUGACUUUUCUAUUCCUAUUGAGCAGAACAGAACCAAAUAAUUUGACCCUUCUUACACUGCUAAUUCAUUAAACAUUUCUCGAUUGACUCAGGAAAGGCAAGACAAACAUUUUUCUCAG